UCGGUCUCGCUCCAAUAAGAGAUUAAAAAAAAAGGAAAAAAAUCGCUAUCGUUUUCACACCUGGAUAUAGCCCGAAACCAAGGAAACAGGAUUAUAAGCUUCUUAGUUCAUGCAUACUCAGAUCGGUUAGGGUUCGUUGAUUCUCUCUUUGUGAUUACGAAAGCUUGAGAUCUCUUUUGGUUGUUUUUUGGGUUUAUUCUUCUAUGGUGGAUCGCGGAUCUUUUGGCUUUAUUAGUCCUCCUCAAUUAGAUAUGGAACAGUUGCUGUCAGAAGCUCAACACAGGUGGCUUAGGCCUGCUGAGAUUUGUGAAAUUCUUCAGAACUAUCACAAGUUUCAUAUAGCAUCAGAGUCUCCCACCCGACCCGCCAGUGGGUCACUCUUUCUUUUUGAUAGGAAGGUGCUGAGAUAUUUUAGGAAAGACGGACAUAACUGGAGGAAGAAGAAGGAUGGCAAAACCGUAAAAGAAGCUCAUGAGAAGCUCAAGGUAGGAAGCGUAGAUGUGCUACAUUGUUACUAUGCACAUGGGGAAGGCAACGAGAAUUUUCAGAGACGUUGCUACUGGAUGCUUGAACAAGAUUUGAUGCAUAUCGUUUUCGUACACUACUUGGAGGUUAAGGGCAACCGGACCAGUAUAGGAAUGAAAGAAAACAAUUCAAAUUCUGUAAAUGGCACAGCUUCAGUGAAUAUUGAUUCAACGGCAAGCCCAACUAGCACAUUGUCAUCAUUAUGUGAAGAUGCUGAUACCGGGGAUAGUCAUCAAGCAAGUUCCGUCUUACGAGCAUCUUCUGAACCUCAAACUGGUACUUCUCAAAUAAGAGAGAAGCAGGAUGUUAGCAUAUUAAAUUCUUACUAUCAGAGCUCUGCUUUGGUACUCACCUCUCUUUCUGGUUUACUGUCUGCAUUUUUGUUAAGAAGGCCUUUGUUUUCCUGUUUAGGAAAUCGCUAUGGUUGGACACCAGCUCCUGGCAUGCGUAAUGUUUCACAGGUUCAUGGGAACAGAGUCAGAGAAAGUGAUUCCCAGAGAUUAGUUGAUGUUCGAGCUUGGGAUGCCAUUGGGAAUUCAGUGACGAGAUACCAUGAUCAACCUUAUUGUAAUAAUUUGUUGACUCAGAUGCAGCCUUCUAAUACUGACUCAAUGCUUGUGGAAGAAAAUACAGACAAAGGUGGGCGGUUAAAGGCAGAGCAUAUCAGAAAUCCUCUUCAAACUCAAUUAAAUUGGCAGAUUCCAGUUCAGGAUGACCUACCAUUACCAAAAGGGCACAUGGAUCUGUUUUCACAUCCUGGAAUGGCUGAUGACACUGAUCUGGCGUUAUUUGAGCAAAAUGCACAAUAUAAUUUUGAGACAUUUUCCAGUCUCCUUGGCAGUGAAAAUCAGCAACCUUUUGGAAUUAGUUAUCAAGCUCCUCCUUCAAGUAUGGAAUCUGAAUUUAUACCUGUAAAGAAAUCAUUGUUAAGAAGCGAAGAGAGUUUGAAAAAAGUCGAUAGUUUUUCUCGGUGGGCUAGUAAAGAACUUGGCGAGAUGGAGGAUUUGCAGAUGCAGUCUUCACGUGGAGAUAUUGCAUGGACCACUGUUGAAUGUGAAACUGCAGCAGCCGGGAUCUCCUUGAGCCCUUCUCUCUCUGAGGAUCAGCGUUUCACCAUAGUUGAUUUUUGGCCAAAAUGCGCACAGACUGACGCAGAAGUUGAGGUCAUGGUUAUUGGGACAUUUCUGCUUAGUCCGCAAGAAGUAACAAAAUAUAACUGGUCAUGCAUGUUUGGUGAAGUGGAGGUUCCUGCUGAGAUUUUAGUAGACGGCGUUCUUUGCUGUCAUGCUCCACCGCAUACAGCUGGUCACGUGCCCUUUUAUGUUACAUGUUCCAACAGAUUUGCUUGCAGUGAAGUACGAGAAUUUGAUUUCCUUUCUGGUUCUACACAAAAAAUUGAUGCUACUGAUGUUUAUGGUACCUAUACAAAUGAAGCAUCACUUCAGUUGCGGUUUGAGAAGAUGCUUGCUCACAGAAAUUUUGUUCACGAACAUCAUAUAUUUAAAGGUGUUGGGGAGAAACGAAGAAAAAUCAGUAAAAUUAUGUCACUAAAGGAGGAGAAAGAGUAUCUCCUUCCAGGGACAUAUCAGAGAGAUUCAACCAAACAAGAACCAAAAGAACAGCUUUUCAGGGAACAGUCUGAAGAAGAACUAUAUAUAUGGCUCAUCCAUAAAGUGACUGAAGAGGGCAAAGGUCCAAACAUACUGGAUGAAGAUGGACAGGGUAUUUUACACUUUGUUGCAGCGCUUGGGUAUGACUGGGCCAUUAAACCGAUGCUAGCAGCGGGAGUUAACAUUAACUUCCGUGAUGCCAAUGGCUGGUCUGCCCUUCAUUGGGCUGCGUUUAGUGGCAGGGAGGAAACUGUCGCUGUGCUUGUCUCUCUAGGUGCUGAUGCUGGGGCAUUGACGGAUCCAUCUCCAGAGCUUCCAUUGGGUAAAACAGCAGCUGAUUUGGCUUACGCAAAUGGACACAGGGGAAUUUCGGGUUUUCUUGCAGAGUCUUCCUUAACUAGUUAUCUUGAAAAGCUAACAGUGGACUCAAAGGAAAAUAGCCCUGCCAACUCUUCUGGAGCAAAAGCUGUUCAAACAGUCUCUGAGCGAACCGCUGCUCCUAUGAGCUAUGGCGAUGUACCAGAAAAACUUUCCUUAAAGGAUUCACUUACCGCUGUUCGUAAUGCUACACAAGCGGCUGAUCGUCUCCAUCAAGUAUUCAGGAUGCAAUCAUUCCAGCGGAAACAGCUGUCUGAUAUCGGCGAUGAUGACAAGAUUGAUAUCUCUGAUAAGUUAGCUGUUUCUUUUGCAACUUUGAAAACUAAGAAUCUAGGACAGGGUGAUGUUUCUCUUAGUUCUGCUGCCACCCAUAUCCAGAAGAAAUAUCGUGGUUGGAAGAAGAGGAAAGAGUUUCUUUUAAUCCGACAAAGAAUCGUUAAAAUUCAGGCUCAUGUGAGAGGACAUCAGGUCCGGAAACAAUACCGAACAGUCAUCUGGUCUGUGGGAUUACUCGAAAAAAUCAUUUUGCGUUGGAGACGCAAAGGUAAUGGCUUGAGAGGGUUUAAGCGCAAUGCAGUCGCCAAAACCGUGGAACCGGAACCGCCUGUAUCAGCUAUAUGUCCCACAAUCCCACAGGAAGAUGAGUAUGAUUAUCUUAAAGAGGGAAGAAAACAAACAGAGGAAAGGCUUGAGAAGGCUCUGACUCGGGUGAAGUCAAUGGUUCAAUACCCAGAAGCACGGGAUCAAUACCGUAGACUCCUAACGGUUGUCGAGGGCUUCCGUGAAAAUGAGGCUUCAUCAAGUGCAUCUAUAAACAAUAAAGAAGAAGAUGAAGUCAACUGUGAAGAAGACGAGUUUAUUGACAUUGACUCUCUUUUGAACGAUGACACAUUGAUGAUGUCUAUUUCUCCUUGAUUUUACAUUCUGACUCGUAUUCAUUUUUCUUCUUUUACUUUCUAACUUUAUUUCUUCUCUGUAAAUAUAAUAGUUGAUAUUUACCGUUUAAUUUAUUACUUUGGAUUGGAAUAGAACAUGCACUAUCAUUCUCCUUUCGUC